CACUCUCUUGUGGUUGGCCCUGAACCUUGCUCGUGGUUAGCCUGACAGGUACCUGCUCUGCCGCUCGUAUCCCUGGAUUUUGCCCGCCAGCUGAAUUUCUCUGCCUCACUUCUCUUUCAAUUUAUUUCUCAUUUUCCUCCCUCCACCUCCCGCUUCCUCACUACUUCUCGACUACUCAACUACUAUCCCUCCACCACCUCCGCUCAAUCAUAUCACCCAGAAUCACUUUCUGGUGCUAAUCAUUACUACUACCUCUGGACUGCACGGGAUUGACAGCCCGACAGUCCACGUACUAAACAUGGCCUCCUUCAAGGAAUUGUCCCUUUCUCGCCCUCUUCCUCAAUCCAACUCCCGUCACCACUCCCAUUCCAUCUCGCUCGGUGCGGUCAACGCCAACCAUCGGGUGACUCGUCGCAAGAGUGUCACCACUGCCGCUGCUGCUAAUGCGGCCGCUGCUGCGGUCGCUGCCUCCUUGAAAGAAUCGGGCGAUUCCAUGGGAAUUCCGAUGCCCGCACACCGCCGUGGGAGUCGGAAAGGCUGGGAGUCCAGCUCGGUCGGAGCCCCCUCCGGCUUCGGCUCUUAUCUGUCUCGCAGCAUGAACAGCCCCAGCCAGGAGCCCCCGGUCGCUCGCAAAACCUCCCCUUCCCAGACGACCCCCAUCGUACCCCCCGCAACGAUCUCCGAAAACACCGUUCCAGAUUCCUCAGAUCCCAGUAACCCAGCAGCCAAGCCAGUCACCACCAAAAACCGCAACCGCCGGGCCAGCGAAGGUGCCCACCUGGUCAAACCCGAGGGAAAGCGAUCCAUGGCCGAGCUUCGCUGCGAGCGUUGCGGGAAAGGGUAUAAGCAUGGCAGCUGCUUGUCCAAGCAUAUGUGGGAACAUGACCCUGCGUGGGCCAUCACGUCGAAACUUUUGAUCUCCAAGCACCAACAGGUGCAAUUGCUGGAAGCCGCCUCUGUGCUGGUUACCAUGACUCAGGAUCCCGAUGAGAGCGCUGAAGCCGACUCGGAGAUCUCAUCCUCCUCACCGGACGCUUCGUCGGAGCUGCGGGAGGGUCUCAGUUCCGCGGAGACGACCCCGCCCCCAAUGGACGAGGACGAUGACGACGAUGAAGACAUGGCCAUGGAACCCACGGCUGACAAGCGAUUCAGCGUCAGCAAUGCCUCGGGUCUCUUCUCUCACUCAUAUCAGUCCGGCCCGUCAAGCUCGUUUACGAGCAGCGCUCCCUGGGCAUCCCCAGCAUUUUCUCACAUGCGGCACUCGAGCAUUGACACUCGCCCCUCCACUGCGGAAGCCAAGUUGCACGAGGACGACGAGGCUGACCUGGCAGCCGCCAUCGGCCUCUGCAAUUUCGGCACCCCUCGCAUGGGGCCAGUGCCGCUGUCUCCUAGCGUGCCUCCAGUGCCUUCCCUCCCGACUCGAUUCCUCGACCAACGAAGUCCCUCGGACAGCCAAAGCCACAGCUUAGACCAGUCCAACGCAGGCCUUGCCAACUCCGCCUUCUCGAACACCACUUCCAACCUCUUUCUCUCCCUAUCUUAUAACCCUUCGCUGUCUUACAAGGUCUCCGAUGAGCGCGAAGUCCGAACGGGUGGUGCUGCAACCGACCGUGCCAAGCGACAAACCCGCAACGCCGACGUCGAUUUCAGCAGUCGGCCAGCCCAGGCAGACGACGAUGACGAUGGCAUCUUCGGCCGCAUGGAAGAAUAGAUGCCACCCUCAUGACCCGCCAUCACACUCCUUUCACCCAUCGCUCUCCUACCCGAUCUCCCAUCUUCUAUCUUCCCGCCGAACCGCUGCACUGACAGCCAUCCACCACAUCACCCUGAUGACAUGUACGAGAUUGCGUGACUUUUUGUAAAUGUUGAU